AUGGCUAAAAUCAACAGUCGUCCGAUAAUCUUCGCUCUAUCGAAUCCUACCGACAAAGCGGAGUGUACCGCUGAGGAUGCCGACUGUUGCUUGGAAACAAACGAGAAAUUAAUGUAUCUGAUUUCAGGGAACAGUCUUGUUCGCCUCUGGGUCACCCUUUUGACGACGUCGAAGUAUAAUGGAAAGCUUUUCAAACCCGGUCAAGGAAACAACUCUUAUAUCUUCCCUGGAGUCGCUCUUAGUGCCAUCCUCUUCAAAGCGAAACACAUUCCCGACAUGGCGUUCCUUCUUGCUGCA